CUCUCUGUGCGGCCGCCAUGGACCUGGUUUUAAGCCGGGCUGAUUAUCUCCAGGUGGGAGUGACCUCUCAGAAGACUAUGAAGUUGCUUCCUGCCUCAAGACAAAGAGCUACACAAAAGGCAGUUGUUGGAGAUCAGGACGGGGUCGUAAUGUGCUUCGGCAUGAAGAAAGGAGAGGCGGUGCCAGUCUUCAAGACUUUACCAGGACAGAAGAUUUCGAGGCUGGAACUAGGAGGAGUUCUCAACACACCCCAGGAGAAAAUCUUCCUUGCUGCAGGGUCUGAAAUCAGAGGCUUCACAAAGAGAGGAAAACAGUUUCUCUCCUUUGAGACAAACCUCACUGAAAGCAUUAAAGCUAUGUACAUAUCUGGCUCUGACCUCUUUCUCAGUGCAAGCUACAUCUAUAAUCAUUACUGUGAUUGCAAAGACCAACAUUAUUACCUUUCUGGGGACAAAAUCAAUGAUGUCAUCUGCCUUCCUGUGGAAAGGUUAUCUCGAAUGACGCCGGUGUUGGCCUGCCAAGACAGGGUGCUCCGAGUUUUACAGGGAUCUGAUGUGAUGUAUGAAAUUGAAGUUCCUGGCCCACCCAUGGUCUUAGCUCUACAUAAUGGAGAUGGCGGUGACUCUGGAGAAGGCCUUCUGUUUGGCACAUCCGAUGGAAAGCUCGGGCUUAUUCAAAUCACCAUAUCCAAGCCAAUACACAAAUGGGAAAUUCGAAAUGACAAAAAGCGGGGAGGCAUCUUGUGCAUUGACAGCUUUGAUAUCAUGGGUGAUGGGGUUAAAGAUUUGCUUGUUGGGAGAGAUGACGGAAUGGUGGAAGUGUAUAGUUUUGAGAAUGCAAAUGAACCUGUGCUACGAUUUGAUCAGAUGUUGUCUGAAAGCAUUACAUCGAUCCAGGGUGGUUGCUUAGGGAAAGAUGGUUAUGAUGAAAUUGUGCUGGCCACGUAUUCAGGCUGGAUUACAGGGCUGACAACAGAGCCCACUCAUAAGGAAAGUGGGCCAGGAGAAGAGCUAAAACUUAAUCAGGAAAUGCAGAAUAAAAUUUCUUCUUUACGGAGUGAGUUAGAACAUCUGCAGCUUAAGGUACUGCAGGAAAGAGAAAACUACCAACAGUCUUCACACUCAAGCAAAGCAAAGUCAACAGUUCCUUCAUUUAGUAUAAAUGACAAGUUCACAUUGAAUAAAGAUGAUGCCAGCUACAGCCUUGUCUUAGAAGUGCAGACUGCAAUAGAUAACGUCUUAAUACAGAGUGAUGUCCCAAUAGAUCUACUUGAUGUGGAUAAAAAUUCUGCUGUUGUGAGCUUUAGCAGCUGUGACACAGAGUCAAAUGACAACUUCCUUCUUGCCACUUACCGGUGCCAGGCAAAUACCACCAGGCUGGAGCUCAAGAUUCGAUCAAUUGAAGGCCAAUAUGGCACACUUCAGGCAUAUGUGACUCCGAGAAUUCAACCAAAAACCUGUCAGGUUCGCCAGUACCACAUCAAACCUCUGUCACUCCAUCAGAGAACUCACUUUAUUGACCACAACAGACCCAUGAAUACGUUGACUCUAAUAGGCCAGUUCAGCUUUGCUGAGGUUCACUCCUGGGUGGUGUUCUGUCUGCCUGAAGUUCCGGAAAAGCCUCCAGCAGGAGAAUGUGCAACAUUUUACUUUCAGAAUACCUUUCUGGAUACACAGCUCGAGUGCGUAUACAGAAAGGGAGAAGGAGUUUUUAAAUCUGACAACAUUUCUACAAUAUCCAUCCUAAAAGAUGUGCUUUCUAAAGAAGCUACCAAAAGGAAAAUUAAUCUCAACAUAUCAUAUGAGAUAAACGAAGUGUCAGUCAAGCAUACUUUAAAGCUAAUCCACCCAAAACUGGAAUAUCAGUUGCUUCUGGCUAAAAAAGUACAGUUAAUUGAUGCCUUGAAGGAAUUGCAGGUUCACGAGGGAAAUACAAACUUUCUGAUUCCAGAAUACCGCUGUAUUCUAGAAGAGGCAGAUCACCUACAAGAAGAGUACAAGAAGCAGCCUGCACAUCUUGAAAGGCUCUAUGGAUUUGGAAUGGAUUCACACCCCAUUUCUGUCUUACUUGGUGACAUGAUCCUGCUGCAGUUUGUGAAAUUUCUGGCUUAGUGCUGUAGAUUAUGGCCAAAGAAGUAAGCAGGACUCAGACUGGAGGGAUCUCACAUAUUCGUCCUAUAUGUGACCAGUUGAGCUUCAACGUGUUCAAGUGAAGAGCCAUGGAUUCUAAGAAUUUCCUAUACUAGUAUCCAUGAAACUCCUUUUUAUAUAUUAUAUAUUUGGGGUAAAAGAAAACUUUAAGCAACAGAAGUUUUAUUCAUUCACAGGGGAAUAUUGUAUUUAAAGUUUAAAAAUAUUAUAAAGAUAAUGGAAAAUCUGUCUCGUUUUCAAAGAACAGUUAUGAAAUUUUCAGAAACUGAUAAUUACAUUUUGUUAUAUUUUAUGUGCAAUUCUUAAAUAUUAAAUGUAAAUAUAUAAGGCAA